GUAUAUUGUAAAAGCGUUUUGCGUUAGUGCAUUAUUGGAUUUAUAAAUAAUUUGCGAUCGGCUACACUGACAAACUAUUGAACCAAAGUCGACUUCGUCAGUAAAUGCUUCAACAUCGCAAUCAGUGCCCACGUUGACUACAGCAUACGAUAGCAUCUCGACGGCAUCGAAAGCGGUCGGGACUACAAUGCUGUGCGUCAUCAUAUCCACAACCAUUGUGGGCAACGUUUGCCUCUUUGCUGUUGUGCUGAGGUCAAAGGCACUUCGUAAUCUGACCAACAUGUUCAUCCUUGGCUUGGCAACUGCAGAUCUGCUCGUUGGUCUGACACAAAUGCCAAUCACGGUGUAUACGAUAAUCAAGGGUCGAUGGGAAUUUGCGCACAGCGGAUGCGUAGUUUUUAGGUUCCUGAACAUGGUAACACUGGUUACAAGCGUCUUGUCGUUAUGUAACAUUUCUAUAAAUAGAUACAUCAUGGUGUGUUAUCCACAGAAGUUCAAGGACAUCUACACGGUUCCAAACUCUGUGUUCAUGCUUAUAGGUGUUGUUAUAUUUUCGAUUCUACUCUCUCUGCCGCCUCUGAUUGGUUGGUCUGAGUAUGUUUACACGCCCUCGCAUUCGUUCUGUUUCACUGAUUGGCAGAACCACGUGUAGUACGCGUUCUUCAUGAUUGGAUGUUGCUUCGGGAUUCCUUUCAAUGGUUAUGUCAGUUUGCAAUGUGUUCAUUUUGAGAACCGUAAGGGCCAGCAGACUUCGUUUAAGAAACCGGAAAACCAUUGAUACAAAACGAGAAAACAUAUCAAAUGAAUCAAAUCUUGUGUCGUUUAAACGAUUUACUUUAAUCGUUUCAUUUUUUAGGUCUAUGAUAGAAAAGAAGAACCAAACAAGACCCACAGACUCACCAUUUGUAUCUUACAACAACAGCCAUUCAAUAUCGGAACCGAGUUCAGCACAAACCCACUCUAUUGUAGAUUUAUUAACUGCAGCAAACUUUGAUCCGUUUCACAAUACAUUAAAACCCAGUUCUUCUAAUGUUCAAGUGAGUUCACCAAAGUCACCAAAUUCAACAUUAAACCAGAAGCCAAUGAAUAGACUUAAUUAUCAAAACUGGAAACAGUCGUCAGAAAUAACACACUCAAGCGGAGGGUCACCAGAGCCAUCAAUUUCAAUUGAACCAUCCUCGGACGUGUCGCUUGUCGUACCUUCAAAUUCAGAAAUAGAAAUCAACGGUC